CUCUGUCCCUCCAUACUGUAGGCAGGCAGUUCCAGUGUACAGAGUGUGAUUACAGCGCUGCACAGAAACCUCUACUGGUACGACACAUGGAGCAGCACGCCUCUUUCAAGCCCUACCGCUGCGGCCACUGUCACUACUCCUGUAACAUAGCAGGACCCCUGAAGAGACAUUACAGCAAGAAGCACCCCAACCAGGAGUACUGUAACGCAGGGCCUGGGCCAGCCACCUCUGAGGCUGUGGAGCAGCAAGGUGGAGUGAAGUGUCCUGUGUGUGACUGUCCUGUAUCUCUUGGUAGAGUGAAGUGUCCUAUAUCUCUAGGUAGAGUGAAGGGUCCCGUGUGAGACUGUCCUAUAUCUCUAGGUGGAGUGAAGUGUCCUAUAUCUCUAGGUAGAGUGAAGUGUCCUGUGUGUGACUGUCCUGUAUCUCUAGGUGGAGUGAAGUGUCCUAUAUCUCUAGGUAGAGUGAAGUGUCCUGUGUGAGACUGUCCUGUAUCUCUAGGUGGAGUGAAGUGUCCUAUAUCUCUAGGUGGAGUGAAGUGUCCUGUGUGAGACUGUCCUGUAUCUCUAGGUGGAGUGAAGUGUCCUAUAUCUCUAGGUAGAGUGAAGUGUCCUAUAUCUCUAGGUGGAGUGAAGUGUCCUGUAUCUCUAGGUGGAGUGAAGUGUCCUGUAUCUCUAAGUGGAGUGAAGUGUCCUCACUAGGUGGAGUGAAGUGUCCUAUAUCUCUCUAGGUGGAGUGAAGUGUCCUAUAUCUCUAGGUGGAGUGAAGUGUCCUAUAUCUCUAGGUAGAGUGAAGUGUCCUAUAUCUCCAGGUAGAGUGAAGUGUCCUGUAUCUAGGCGGAGUGAAGUGUCCUGUGUGUGACUGUCCUACAGUGCCUUGCGAAAGUAUUCGGCCCCCUUGAACUUUGCGACCUUUUGCCACAUUUCAGGCUUCAAAACAUAAAGAUAUAAAACUGUAUUUUUUUGUGAAGAAUCAACAACAAGUGGGACACAAUCAUGAAGUGGAAUGACAUUUAUUGGAUAUUUCAAACUUUUUUAACAAAUCAAAAACUGAAAAAUUGGGCGUGCAAAAUUAUUCAGCCCCUUUACUUUCAGUGCAGCAAACUCUCCAGAAGUUCAGUGAGGAUCUCUGAAUGAUCCAAUGUUGACCUAAAUGACUAAUGAUGAUAAAUACAAUCCCACCUGUGUGUA